CGACAAGCCCCGCGACCAGCCGCAUGUACCUGCCAAAGAGGGAUAAGUGUUAUUCUUCACGAUUGCCGAAGAGCAGCAACUGCGAGCGCAUAAGGUGUAUAUAUCAGCUCUUUUGAUCUAUUCGAUGGCCUUCGCUACUCCUGAUCAAGUCCCAGCAUUUCCUUUCUUUCGUUGCUUACGGUCUCUCUUUGCCACCACUCAGAAUGCCACUAUUACCGGAAGUCAAGAAAGCCAUCGAGGAGGCUGUUGCAGAAAACUUGAAAAAUGAAGUCGCAUUCGUUCAGAAGAUGGUACGAUAUGGCGGACAAAGAGGAGAAGAGCAUGAAGCACUAGAAGAGAUGUACCGUCAAUACACCUCUCGUGGCUACAACACUACCAAACUCGAGAUGGACGCACGUGUCCUUUCACAACAUUCCAGUGCCGGUCGUAUCAGUGACUCGCACUCCAAGGCUCCAGUGGUAAUCGGCGUGCAUGCACCGAAGUCCAUCAUGCCUGGCGGAAAGAGCUUAAUUCUUAAUGGUCAUAUCGAUAUCGUGCCGAACGGACCUAAGGAACUUUGGACCAAUGACCCUUACUCCGGACUUAUUGAAGGCGACUGGCUAUAUGGCCGCGGGAGUGCAGAUAUGCGUGCAGGUGCAGUUGCGAAUAUGUAUGCCCUGGACGCUCUACGUAACAUAGGCAAACAGCCAGCAUCGAAAGUCAUACUCGAAUCUGUACCCGAAGAGGAGUCCACCGGCAACGGUACAAUGGCCACGCAUCUUGCUGGGUAUACCGCAGAUGCAGUCUUGAUCCCUGAGCCUACGAACGAAGAGCUUGUCCGCGCCAAUGUAGGGGUCAUUUGGUUCAAGAUCGCAGUCGCAGGGCGACCAGUCCAUGUUCUGAAGGCGAAAGAGGGAUCCAAUGCCAUUGAGUCGAUAUGGACGAUUGUGAGUGGAUUGAAAGAGCUGGAGAAGGAGAUGAACGACCAAAAGCAAGGGAGGCUUUACUUCGAGCACAUGGCUUCGCCAAUCAACCUCAAUGUCGCUAUGAUCCAAGGUGGAGAUUGGGCCAGCUCAGUACCUGCCUGGUGCACAAUCGAUUGUCGCGUAGCGCUUUUCCCAGGAGUGACUGCACAGGAAGUUGCAGACAAGAUCGAGCGGAAGGUCGCCAAGGUAUCGGAGACCACCUCGUUCCUGCGCGACUCGCCAGCGAAAAUCUCAUGGAAUGGCUUCUUCGCAGAAGGCUACGUGCUAGAGCCCGGCAGCGAAGCAGAAGAAACACUGAAUACUGCGCAUCAGCAGGUUACCGGCACGGAUUUGACAAGCAUGACCAUGCCCGCUUAUCUCGAUACCAGAAUCUUUGCUUUGGAACAAAAGAUCCCUGCCUUGUGCUACGGACCUAUCGGCGAGAGUUUGCAUGGGUUUGACGAGAGAGUGAGUAUCAGCAGUAUCCAGCGAGUUACAACAACGAUUGCAUUGUUCAUCGCAGAGUGGUGUGGUCUGGAAAACAUCGCAGGUUGAGUUUUCGUUUACCCAUGCAAAGCGUAACACUCAUUUGCAAUCGCGGGAUGUCUGCAGCACGAGCAAAAUGAGAGCGUUCGUCACAUGCAGUCAGGCACGAAGAGCGAGUGAGACUUUUAGUGAGUUUACGAUAUUGCAUAAAGCUCUUAGGCUUCUGCCUGACAGCCCGAAGAUCUCGAGAGUAAUGUUGAUGCUGGCCGGCAUGGUCCCCCAAUCUAUCUGUUACAAGCAAUAUGUGUAUAUUACCCGAGGCACCCGUUACCAAGAAUCGCAACUUGAGCCUCAUAGGAUGAACGACAGCUUUGUAGUCAAUUGCAAUUACAUUUGGC